AUGUCAAAGUCUCUACAGUCCCGAGGGGGUCCUUACUCAUCAAAAACAGCUGGAAUGGGUGGUUUACCAACAACUCUCCCAGAUGUCCCAGUCUGUGCCAUUUUUAUGGUUCUCUACAUCUCCUUCGCAGCAACAAACAUGACCAUCUUCCAAAUCAACCGCAGGAAAGGCCACAAAUUUAUUCUAUCAGCUAUGAUGUUUGGUUUCUGCAUGUCAAGAAUCAUCACCCUCGUCCUGCGCAUCGUCUGGUCCCAGAAACCAACAAAAGUCAGAAUCGCGAUAGCAGCCCAAAUUUUUGUUAACGCGGGCGUGCUGAUUCUUUAUAUCAUCAACCUCGUCCUCGCCCAGCGUAUUCUACGAGCGAAGCAACCACAAGUGGGCUGGCAUCCGAUCUUGCGCAAAGCUUUCAAGGUCAUCUAUGCGCUGAUCGGUGCCGCCUUGGUCAUGGUUAUCACAGCCGUCGUGGUAUCAGAGUAUACUUUGGACACUCACGUCCAACAACAAUGUCGAGAUGUCCAACUUGCGGCUCUUACUUACAUGCUUGUCUUCAACUGUCUCCCGGCUCUCCAUAUUGCUGCGGCAAUCUUGCUGCCGAAAUCUCAAGACGAGGAAGUGUUUGGACAAGGGAGCUCGCGAAGCCAGGUGCUUAUUGUGACGAUGUCCGCAUGCUUCUGUAUGAUGAUUGCAGGAUUCAAAACCGGGGUCACAUGGAGUCCUGUACGUCUUGCCACCAAUCCUGGCUGGUUUGAUUCGAAGGCGUGUUUCUAUAUCUUCAACUUCACCUUUGAGAUUAUUACGCUCGGGAUUUUGACAUUUUCCCGGAUUGACAAGCGAUUCUGGAUUCCGAAUGGCUCUACAAAGCCGGGGAAUUAUGCUCAGAUUGGGACGCAUGCUUCAGCUGCGGCGGAUACUGAUUCUCACGAUGGCUUCCUCCUUUCAAAUGUUGCACAUGAGAAGACUACCCAAGAAGCGUGA